AAAUCGAGGUUGGCGGGAAGACGGCAUUGUUUACAAGCUUACGAUGGCCGCCACACAAACUAAUCUGCGACAGUUUUUCAAGAAUAGGAAAAGCGCCCGUGACACAAAUUUCGCAAAAAAUGGCAAAAAUGCAUUAUCAGGAAUCGUUACGAAGAGGGUGCAGGCGAAGAUAGCGGAGAAGGAUGGAACGGCUGACAUUGGCGAGUUUGUGUUUGUCAGCAGCAAAUCUACUGGGCUUAAUGUAGGCCAGCGUCUGCAGACUAAAGCAGAAGAAACCUUAACCACUACAAACUGCCAUUUGAAAAAGGAAGAAAAUCUUAGACCACCAGUAACUCCAAAAAGAAAAAGGGAUGAAGAUGAAGAGACGAAACGAAAAAAGAGAAAGCAGAUUGACGAGGACAAUGGAUAUAAAACUCCAGAAGGAUCCAAGACUAAAAUCGGGGGCCAACCAGAGACUGCACAAAGAUCUGCUAAGAAGAAGCUUAUCAUGGAACCAGGAGAGGAUGACACUAAACACAAAGAUGAGAGCAAGGAAGCUCCGAGUGCUCCAUCAAAGACAACAAAGAGAGAAGGAAUUAAAUUAACACCAGAAGAGAUCAAAGAGCGCUUGGGAAAGUGUGGUAGGCUGGAUGAACUGCAUGCAAAACUUCUCAAAGUAAAUCAGUGCCAUGAGAAACUUCGACAGUUCAAGCAGAGUACAGUUACUGAUCUACGGUCAGUGGAGCCACCUUCUCCAAGUAAAGGCGCUGUCAAUGUGCAGCUCAAGAGAUUUACUACAUUGGAUGUUGAUGUUCCCCUCAGUCCACAAAAAACUCCUGUAAAAACUCCAUACAAAACUCCUAUUAAGGCUCCUGCAUAUGAACGCUUCCAACAUCUGGUUGAAACGCCAUCCGAGGAACUUUUGUUGCCAUACAAGUACCGCUUUGUUAAAGAAGUGUUCAGGGCUGUUGAUACAGUAGUCUCUCUUCUCCACAACAGACAGGAAGUUAUUACGUACAGCAAGCUGAAACCAGCUGUACAGGAAAUGUUAAGAAGAACCUUUGAGGAACACUACCUCGGGCAGAUAAAGACGGUGUUUCCUCUGGCUUAUCUCUUCAAACAAGAGAAGAACAUGAAUGUCAGAAAUACAGGAAGUGGAAAAGAAACCAAAGAUCACUACCAGUUAACAGUGGCAUGUAAUUUGGAUUACAAGCCAUAUUCCACCCAAAACCUUUCCAGGAAGUUUGAAGAAGUGGCACAUCCUCAAACACUGAAGUAUCGUAAGAUGGAUUCCAUUGUGAUGGUCGAGCGUCGAAAUAUUUUCCACAACUCUCUGGUAGACAUCUUGAGGGACCAUCAUGACCACUUCCUUCAGUCUUUGGAGCCUCCCAUCAUGAGCUGUGGCAUGAGCAUCAAGAGAUGGCAUCCAGAUUUCCUACUAGAAGAUGUGCCAGAGAUUGAGCCGUCGCCUCUGCCUCAACCUCCUGCUGUAGAGACAUUUGAUACUGCCAGAGAUAUUCUUGAUAAAGCACAGGACCUCUUCUCGGUUAAUCAGCGAAUGGAACAAGCGAUGAAAGAGGCGGCAGCAAAGACACCUGUUAAAGUUGAACCUGAGCAACCUUCAACACCUUUGGCACAGCCUGCCUACUUUUCUGCUGCCCUGAAAGGUGUCUCUAGUUCAUUACUGGAAAAGAUUCGUGCUAGAGAAGCAGCAAAGAGUGCCCGAGGCAUGACUAGAAGCAGCACUGAGAAUAAGGAGUUGGAGAUGCUGUCCAGAUUGCCAGAAAUCUCCAGAAUCAUCCGCAACGCUUUCAUCACGGAUAAGAAGGCUGCUCUUCCCUGGGAAGUUGUGGCUGGCAAAGUUGCUGCCAGCUACUCUUCUAUACUUGGUGCAAGUGAGGUAGAUAGCCACUUACAUCUGCUGAUAAAGGAGGUUCCUGGGUGGUGUACGAUUCACAAAGUCCGCAGCGGCAUCUUCCUCAAGAUCAACAAGACAGAGCAACUAAGCAAUGUAAUAGAUAAACUUGAAUCGGUGUUGAAACAACGCAGAUGAUUCCUUCUUGGGAGCUACAAUAACAUAAGUCACAUUUUUUUAGAAAACAAAUGGCAUAUAAUUUUUAUAUUUUUUAGUACGUGUAAAUGUACUUUUGAAUGCUUUUUUUUUUGUAAAAUUAAUUAAGCAGUGUUGAAAAUGUACCAAAAUUUAGUACCUUGUGGUAUUUUUGCAUGUACUGUAUAGUAAAUUGAGUAGUAAAUUAGGUAUUUAAAUUUGCCUUUUUCUUUUCUUUAGCACAAGUUUUAUUAAAACUAUUUACUUAUUUUAGUUUUGAAAUGUAUUAAAAAUAAAUUAAACAAUGUAAUAAUUUAAGUUGAAACUACAAAUUGCCUUAAUAGGAAGAUAAGUAUGUAGCACUUGUAGAUUUUUGUCUGUUGAACAUGUGAAAUUGUUAACAUGCAAAGUAUUGAAGUUGGUGAGAUCAUACAAGUUUGACUGACUUGUUGUUGGGACUCGUCCUGCCUUGUAUAAUCUUUGCCACAGUCUUGAUCAAGUGUAUAGCAUGGUGCGCUUCUUUCUAGUAAAACUAGUGCUGUAAAUUUUUUUUAAGAGGUGAAUUUCAACAUGUAAUAAAAGCUUUUUACUGCUAAACUCAAAUCUGAAAAUUUCAAGACAAUUAAUUUAACAAAUAUUAACGAACAAUUACAAUUAUUUGUUGGUAACAUAAUGGCAACUUUUCUCUCGUCUUUAUUGUACUAAACUCUUGGUGUGUAGACUUUGUAAAUGACAUUUUUGUCUUGAUAAAAUAAACAUAUUAAUGUCUGAAGAAAACGUGCACUAAAGAUACUGACAAUGGACAAAAUGUUAAUAGUUUGUGUAAAUAAGGUGCCAUCAUGAUUUUAAGGUAAUUAGCAUUGAUGUAUUAAGGCUGUUAUCUUCAGUGCUUGAGGUUAGUUGAAUGCAAACUUCAACUAAUUUUCUUAAUGGUUCCUAGUAUUUUUAUUGAUGUAGAAAUAAUACUAUUUUGAAUAUUUUAGGAAAACAAUUUUGGUAUGCAAAUAGGUUGGGAUUCCAUAAGAAAGGCUGCAUUGUGAUAAUUGUUUCAUUAUAUAUUAAUUAUAUAAGAUUCCUACUACAUUGUGUAGGAAUUUUAAGUUGACUUUUUGCUAGUUAAUGUGAAAAUGCGUGUGUAUAUAUGUAUAGGUUAAGUACAGGUUUAAGAAUUGAUUGUACAGUAUUGAUACAUGAUUAAUGUAUUAUA